CGCUACUAGGAGCACGGACGCUACUAGUAGCUCCUGGCAUCGUCAUUGCCGUCCUGCCGAUCCGACAUGUUCUGUCGUUGGGCUCAAGCGUCUUGCGAAGAAGAAGAGAUCUCGGCCAUGGCACCGAGAUCGCCAAGCAAGUUAGCCGCAGAUGACACGCCCAUGGAUCCCGAGGAGUUGAAACAGGUCUUUCAGCGGAUCGACCUGGACAACAGUGGUACCUUAGAGCUCGAAGAGCUUGAGACGGCAGCACGGGAGCUGGGCGUGAAAUGCAGCAAGAACUCCUUGAAAAAGGUUUUCAAGCUCAUUGACAUCGACCAAAGUGGCUCCAUCGACUUCGAUGAAUUCAGCAUCUUCUUUGCCAAAGUUAGCAAUCCCGACAGGAUCAAGGAAGUUCUGUCGCAAGCCAGUGCGGCCUUCUUGGACUACAGGAACAGUGUGGAGCAAGAUCCAUCCUUCGCCAAGCACUUCCCCAUUCCGCAAGCAGUGAAACCAGCUGCAAAAUACAACAGGCAUUUGAAUGCCACCGUGGAGAGUGUGCGUUGGGUCGGGGAUGGCAUCUUCCUUGCUGCGACAGGAGAGGGCAAGUUGCUCUCAUUUGACAUCUCCGGUGGUGAUGAGCCACUGAAAAGGUGUGAAGUUGGGAGCCCUGUGUAUUGCAUGGAUGCGCAUGCCGGUGGUCGUGGAGUUCUAGUGGGCUACGGGACCAAAACGGACAACAUGGUCUUGUGGAACAUGGCGGAAGACCAGGUUGCGCAGAGAUUUCAAGGUCAAACCACGCCCAUUUUCUCAUGCUGCCUGGGCAAAGACAUCGCACUUUCAGGCGGCAAAGAUGGCAUGGUGGUUCUGAAUGACCUCGAAACUGGCGCAUGCAUCAGAACGUGGCAAGUUCAUGAAGGCCUCGUCACUUCGAUCGCCUUAGCCAAGGAUGGUCACCAGGUGUGCACAGCAUCCCGUGAUGGCCGCGUGGUGGUCUUCGACAUCAAUGCUGGGGAGCUUCCAGCUUGCCUCGUUUCCGAUAUCGAGGAUGCUGCAGCUGGAUACACUGUUUGCCAUGCGGUGUGGUGUGGAGAAGAUGAGCUCCUCUCGGCUGGUGAUGACUACUGUGUGAAGCGCUGGGACGUGAGGAAGCCGCGUGAUCCACCUUUGGCAAGCUACAUGGGCCACACUUCUUGUGUGAGAAGCUUGGCAGUGUCUCCAGAUGGCUCCCUCUUUGCCUCUGGGGCGGUGGAUAGCUCGGUGCGUCUCUGGGCUAUGAAGCCCACUGGGCUCAGGAGCCGACUGUCAAAGACAGAAGAUGGUGCGAGUAUCAGCGACUUCCUGGAACAGCUCAAGAAGCGCCGAGAGGAGGUGAUUGAACGUGUACAUGAAGGUGAAGGGGACCUUUCUGAAGUUCGAGAGCUCAACGAGGAGAUUGAGACCUUAGAGCAAAAAGCUAAAGAGAAGGGUGAUAAGGGCAUCAUUGAUUCCUCGGGAUACAUCAGAGCACUUCUUGGCCUCAGCGGCCACACGCUCACUGUUGGCACACUGGCUUGGCAGGACUAUGAAGGAGGCCACCGGAUCCUAUCAGGAUCGCAGGAUGAAGCCGUGUGUGUCUUCGACUUUACCGAUGAGGAGAUCAUGGAAGGUUUUUCAACGAUGACCCGACAGUGCUCUUCGUAGCACUUCAUAGUGCACGAAGGGCUCUUCGUGGCGCUCUUCGUAGGUUAGGCCGUUAGGUGAUGCAUUGCCGUUAACCUUUCGGUGCUUUGUCGUUGGCCGUGCUUUGUGUACUUUAGCCGAAAUUCGCCAGCCAAUGCCAUGUAACACGCCUGGGGGACCAUCCUUCACCUGGCUGGCCGACAUUUGAAACUUUUAAGAGCAAUACAGCCAAUGAGCAGACAGCUUUGAGAAGGAUCUUCAUCUCGUCUUUUCCUAAAAGAGUGUGCUGCAGCAUGACAGCACGACGAUUGACGAAGUGAAGCUUCGGAUGUAUCCCUGAGCCCA